CUUCAAGCUUCAAUACCCAAGCCUGAUGGAAUUCUCGAACAACGCUUCAACCUCACCAUAGCUUUCUAGCUGGCCGUUAAAUUCAUGGGAUCGCUGAGCCCUCAUCAUAUCAUUUCCCUCGUACUGGCAGGUCUUUGGUGCGCGAGUACUGCAGUUUCAGCUGGCUAAGGAGAUGGGGCAGUGGUCAUCUUCUUUUGUUAGCCUAGCAUGUCGAGUGGCGUUGCAGCUUGGUCCUCCAGGCCACUCUCUUCGAACCUUCUUUAUCAACAAACUAGCCCUCAACCUUCAUGACAGAUUCCAGCAGCGGGGCAUCAUGUCCGACCUUGAUGAGGCCAUCGAGCUCCAUCGGGCUGUAUUACUACUCCGUCCGCUCGACCAUUCAGAACGAUCCUCGUCUCUGAACAAUCUUGCGAACAGCCUUCAAGACAGAUUCCUGCAGCGGGGCAUCGUGUCUGACCUUGAUGAGGCCAUCGAGCUCCAUCGGGCUGCAUUAUCCCUCCGUCCCCCCGGUCAUUCAGAUCGAUACGUAUCUCUGAACAAUCUUGCAAACCGCCUUCGAGACAGAUUCCUGCAGCGGGGCAUCAUGUCUGAUCUUGAUGAGGCCAUCGAGCUCCAUCGGGCUGCAUUACUCCUCUGUCCCUCCAGUCAUUCAGAUCGACCCGUGUCUCUGAACCAUCUUGCACUCAGCCUUCAAGACAGAUUCCGGCAGCGGGGCAUCAUGUCCGAUCUUGAUGAGGCCAUCGAGCUCCAUCGGGCUGCAUUACUCCUGCUUCCCUCCGGCCAUUCAACUCGAUCCGUAUCUCUGAACCAUCUUGCACUCAGCCUUCAAGAUAGAUUCCGGCAUCGGGGCAUCAUGUCUGACCUUGAUGAGGCUAUCGAGCUGAAUCGUGCUGCAUUACUCCUGCUUCCCCCCGGUCAUUCAGCACGAUCCUCGUCUCUGAACCAUCUUGCACUCAGCCUUCAAGAUAGAUUCCGGCAACGGGGCGUGCAGUCUGACUAUGAUGAAGCAUUUAGCUCAUACUCUCAACUCUCCCACCUAUCACAUCCAGCAUCUCGCACAGAUCUCAGUGCUGCCAAGUCAUGGGCGGCCUCCGCCUACGUCCUUGAUCACCCAUCUGUAUUGCUUGCUUAUCAGGUUGCACUCAAAUUCUUAGACCAGCGAGUUGCAUUCCUGUCGUCUUCUUGCCGUCACUUCGACGUCAUCAGUGAGGCUGUUUCUUCCCUCGCCACCGAUGCUUUUUCGUGCAGUGUUCGUCGUGAUGAGCUGACGACUGCGGUGGAACUGUUGGAGCAAGGUCGUUCUGUAUUCUGGACACGGUUGGCCCGCUUCAGGACACCACUCGAUGAACUUUCUGGUUCAGGCGACAUUGGAACGGCCUUGGCAGAAGAGUUCAAACGGUCGAGUUUUUGCCUUCGUUCCGCGUUCCACCAGUAUACUGAAGACCGGUCUCUGAGAAUCCAACAACUGACCAUGCAAUGGGAUGAUGUUAUCACGCGCAUUCGCAUGCUCCCCGACUUUUCACGUUUUCUUCUACCUCCACUGUUUUCUGAUCUCCAAAAAGCGGCUGAACAUGGACCAGUUAUCAUUGUUAAUGCAAGUCAAUAUGGCUGCGAUGCCUUGAUUGUCCGUAACGCGGAAGAUCCUGUUCAUGUUCCGCUUGACAUUACACAAGCCGAAGUGUUCGAAUUCUCCUCCGACUUCCACGCACUCUCAGAGCGGUUUGGUUCUUCUGAUAAUCAACUCAAGCUUGUCGGCAUGCUUCGCAAGCUUUGGAAUGAUGUCGUUGACCCUGUUGUUCAAGUUCUCAGGGAGUCAAAUGUUUGCCCUGGUUCGCGUAUAUGGUGGUGUCCCACGGCUGAGUUCACGCUGCUUCCCCUCCAUGCGGCAGGACCAUACGAGAGGAAGAAAAAAAAUAUGUCUGACAUCUACAUCUCAUCUUACACCCCCACUUUGACGACUCUUAUUCGUGCUAGACAACAGAUUUCUCGAGAUGCGUCGUCGCAACAUUUUGUUGCCAUCGGUCAAGGCAACCCGGUGAACGGAAGGGAGCUCAAAUGUGUCGCUCCCGAGCUAGCCGCCGUCGCUGAGCAUGUUACUCCUGUCGUCUCCUUCACAUCCCUCGAGGAUGCCAGCGCGACAGUCGAGAAUGCACUCGAUGCGCUCGAUCAUAAUCAGUGGCUUCAUCUUGCCUGCCAUGGAAUGCCGAAUCAGAGAGAACCGUUCGACUCUUCCUUCGCCAUGCGUGACGGGCCUUUAAUGAUCAAGGACAUCAUCCGAUCCAACUGGCAGAACUCCCAGUUUGCAUUUUUAUCGGCCUGCCACACUACGGUUGGCGACGAGAAGAGCCCCGAUGAGUCGAUCCAUCUUGCUGCUGCUAUGCAAUUCUGCGGAUUUCGCAGUGUGAUCGGUUCCAUGUGGUCUGUUGAGGAUGAGGUUGCACGCCAGAUCGUGUCUGCUUUUUACGGCAACCUCAUUGAUGAUUCAAAAAGAUUGGACUGCACACGCGCUGCGGUAGCGCUGCACAAGGCCGUGAAAUCAUUGCGCAAGAAGAUUCCAUUAGAGCAGCAGAUUGUAUUUGUCCACAUAGGUGUGUAGUUAGACUCGAUUCAUUAUGUUAUUCCAUUUGCUGUAUCUCUAGUUGGUUUUGUUCCCUCGCUCUAGUAUUGCUUACUUAUUUCUGCAUGAUACGCAUAUACCUUGUUGUUCUGUUCUGUA